AUAAAAAUUUGAAAAAAAAAUAAAAUAAAACAUUGACAAAAAUUUAGUAUAAAAGUCUGGCAGCCCAAAUUUGUCUUUGGUUUUUUACAAAUUCUUGCCAGUGGCUUUUGGUUAUAUUUUGGUUACUGGAAGAAGUUUGGUGAGUGUUUUGACUGAAUAUUCGGAGUUGGCUCUGCAGGCUGUUGGAAAAAAAUAAAAGCUUAAACUUUCUGCUAACUUUAUAUAAACUAUCAUUAAAAAUGGCUAUUGGACUUAUUAUACGUUCCGGUAUUCUUGUUGGAGCAAUUUAUUAUUCCAAAACGUUAGGAGUUUGGAGCGAUUCGGACAAAACACAACAAUUGUAUAACGAUAUAAAAGACGAACUACGCCCACAUGCACGACAGGUUCAAAGCUAUUUGCCAUUCGAAAUUCCUUCACUGCCCACAACUGGUGAAGUUCGUUAUCUGGCUAAGCAUUAUUACAAUGAGGGUGUGAAGAGUACUGUGAAUUUUGUUGGAAUGAUUCCUACCUACGGUAGUCAACUAACAAAAAAAGCCAAGGACACAUUUAAUGAUUUCAAAAAAUCACCACCAACUGAAUAGUUUAAAAUUGUUGUGAAACUAAAAAAU